CCGACAACCGCGGGGUUGAAAUUCAAAAAAGGGUCCGCGGACACCACCACCAUAAAUUUCCUUGACGUUGGUCCAGUAGCAGCAAGCACCCUUUGUGCCCAUAUCUCCAGAAUGGCAGAUCCUCGUCCUGACUAUAAAGCGAUCUUCACCCAAAUCACCGUGAAUCUCUCCAACACACUGACUACAUUCGGUCCUCGUUCACCACAAUACAAGUGUGUUGUGGAGAUGCUCAAGGAGUUUAUGAGACGCGUAGAGAAGGAUAUGAAUGAGCGCAAUCGACGCGAGCUUGAUCCCGAUAUGUUGAGCACUGCUAUGGAAUUCCUGAAGAUUGGGGAGGAGAGAUGACUUGGGUUAUGAGACGUGAUGGAGGGGUUGGACUUCUGAUUAUUGGUUUGCAUUCUGACGACAUCUUGGCUCGAGUCUUUGUAUGGGGAGAGUCCAUGUCUUGGCAAGCGUAUUGUAUGGCUGUUUUAUGUAUUAUGCUACGAUGUUCUACAAAUACCCUACAGAUUUGGCAUGUAUUGGUAGAUGAUUGAAGAUAUACGAGCCCCUCACCUCGUUGGGCCUGUGGCUCGCGUUGUAUUUCGUUCCAGGAAUUAGCAUCGCUAUAUAGUAUUCCAGAUAGUCGGCCUUGCGUGAUAAGCAAGAAAUAUUGUGAACUAUGCGGACG